AACCAACCUCACUAAUGUUCACUAUUGUGCAGUUAGAAAUCAUAGGUCCUUUGUGUUUAAGGACCUAGUAGGGAAAUGAUUUACAACUACCCAAACAAGCAAACUGAUCUUUCUGACAGAGUCCUCACUGGAUGGAGCACAUGCUAGUCACGUCCACACUUUGAGCUGGGCAAAAGCAACAUUGGGGUUUCAUUGGUGAUGAUAAUAGAUGUCAGACUGUCAUAUGAAUAUUGAUGCGAAAGCUAGUCUGCUUUCGUAGAGGGAGCAGAAGGAAGUAAGAUGGCUGCCCUUUAGGAUUUGUUUGAAAGGAGACAGAUUGUACUUUGCUGGAUUUCUGCGACGCUGAGGAAGAUACAGAGGCUGGAGCUAUUUUUAAUGUAUCAGUUUGAAGUGUUUUUGUGAGAAUCCAGUAAAGUGAUAGUGGUACGGUGGAACAGAGACGUUCAGUGGGUAACUUUGUGAAUGGCCCUCAGACAGACCAGAUGGAACAGGAAAGAGUCGGUCAUGUCGAGGACAAGGGGCUGAGUCCAUUACCGAUCCAUUAUCACUCUCCUGAGCAGCACAGAGAGAAAGGGGAGAACGGGAGAGAGGUGCAGCAACCCCAAUUCAAUGGAGACUGCAAAUGGGACGGUGUGAGAAGCAACUCCGCAGCGGGUCACGCUCAGGAAACCUCGGAAAACUGUGACAGCCCCCGGCCUCAGCAGGAAAGGCUCGGCGUCCCCAACGGCGGCGUGAAACAUGUCCUGGCCGAGCCUUCAGCAGCAGCAGCAGCGGGGCUCCAGCACUCGAAGAAAAUGAAGCUGGAGGAGGAGGAGGAGGCGGCUGCUGGCAAUCCGGCCGAACCGAAAGGGCGCAGCCGGGUCCCGGGGGAGGUGCAAGGGCAGAGCAGCCAACCUCGGAGCGGUGAGUCCCCGGCCCCAGCGAGCAGCAGCCUGCACAAGAGGGUCAGCUACAAGAACGGGGACGUGCUCUCUCUCCUGGGGGGCAAGCCACUUCCAAACGGUGCUACGGGUUGCAUUGACACCCAGCAGCAGGAGAAGGAGGAGGAGGAGGAAGGGGGUGACCUCAGGGACAACCCCGUGCCUGGAUGGGGCUACCCCGGCUACCUGCUGGGAGUCAGCCCGGAGCAAUGCAGCAGCAGGAGGCGGCCAGAGGCUGGAGCCGAGCUCUCCGGGAGCAGGAGCGAGGCAGCCGGGCAGCGGCCCCCGGGGCUCCCCGACCGCUGUUUACAUCCCCAGGGCGGCCCGGCCCGGCCCCAGGAGCCCGGAGCCGCCCGGAUCGGUGCUACAGGCAUGGCUCACGGCGUGCCCGAGAACGGGGCGCCUCCCCGCGGGCAGUGGGUGUCCCCUGCGCUGCAGGGAGCCGACUCACGCCAGUACCGGCUGCUGCUGCAGCAGCUGCGGCGGCUGGAGGAGGUGGAGGACGGGGAGGAGGAGGAGGGGGAGAGCCGGCCCCGCUCGCUCCCCCAGCAGGAGGCAGCGGUGAAAGCCCGUGCCCAGUCCUGGCCCAUCCCCCUGAACCCCCAGCAGCAGCAGCAGCGAGCAGUGCCAGAGCAAGGGCUCGCCCCCAGCCUCUGCUGUCGCAGCCCCAUGCCACAUCUCCAGGGUGACACCCACCGCUACCAGCAACACUGUGCCCAGCUCAGCCCAGAAAACCCACUGUCCCACCCAACCCAGAAACAAAACGACCCCCUUUACCGCAACAGCCCCCUUCAUCACAGAAGGCCCACAGAGUGCAAACUUAGCCCCACUCACUGCAGCACCCCUGAGGGGCCAGGCUCCUACAGGGCGGGCAGCACCACCACCCCGAGCCCUCAGCUGCCCCACAAAGCCAGCAGUUCGCCGCCGGUCCAGUGCCCACAGCGUGGCGCAGGACCAGUCCACCAACCCAAGCAGCAGGUACACCACAUGUCUGUCAUCCAGCAGCCACACUCACGGGGACAGAUGGAAUUGAUCGCGCCAGCUAGUGCCCCCAGGGGUGAGCAAGGCCCCUCGGUCCCUCAGCCCAACCCCGCCCAGGAGCAAGUGCCCCACGCUUCGCAAAGCCCUCAGUGCCCAGCCAGCAUCCAGAAGGAAGAGGAGUCCCACACCAACGCAGCACUUAGAGCUCAUCUAUUUCAACAGCAAGAGCUUCAAAGGAGAAUGUACCUCCGAAGAAUGCAGGAUCUCAAAGGAAUUCAGAAGCUAAUCAAGGUUGAGAAAGAAUCUCUGACAGUCCCCUCCACAACAGCAGCCAGUGCCCAGUUGAAAGACGACCCAGAGAUAUUGAACCUUAUUAAACAGCAGAGCCAGCAAUUCAGCUGUGACCACCAGAAGCAGGAAAGGAGCAUCAUUGAAGCACUAGAACAGCGCUUUAAAGAAUACCAGCUCUCUUCACCCUUUGACCAACAACCUUGCGUCAUCAAAUCACCCAAGCAAGUGAAGGUGGAAACCUCAGGAUCUGUUACUAUUUUGUCUGCCACUACAGACUUAGAGUCAGAUAUUGGUGGUGACUGCACUUCGGCACUACAAACCAGCUCAUCUACUGAAGCCACGCCGACUAAAAGACGACCAGGAUCCACUCUCAGUAAUUUUUUAGAGUCCCCCUUGAAAUAUUUGGACCCCCCGAUCAAAAGCUUACUGGACACCCCGAAAAAGACACAGUAUGAUGUCCCAGCAUGCAGUUGUGUUGAACAAAUCAGUGAAAAAGAUGAAGGUCCUUACUAUACACACCUUGGUGCAGGCCGUAAUGUAGCAGAAAUUCGAGAGUUGAUGGAAAACAGGUUGAGUGAGAAAGGCAGUGCUAUCAGAAUAGAGAAAAUUAUUUACACAGGGAAAGAAGGCAAAAGCAGUCAAGGAUGUCCUAUUGCAAAAUGGGUGAUUCGACGAAGCUGUGUUGAAGAGAAGUUGCUGUGCCUGGUACGGGAGCGAGCUGGCCAUUCCUGUGACACGGCAGUGGUUAUCGUCCUAAUCCUGGUGUGGGAAGGAAUCCCUUUGCAAUUUGCCGACAGACUGUACGUGGAGCUGACCGAAACCCUGAGGAAGCACGGCGCCCUGACAAGCCGCAGAUGUGCACUAAAUGAAGAACGAACGUGUGCUUGCCAAGGGCUAAACCAAGACACUUGUGGAGCUUCGUUUUCCUUUGGCUGCUCCUGGAGUAUGUACUAUAACGGGUGUAAGUUCGCAAGAAGCAAAGCCCCCAGGAAAUUCAGGCUACUCGGUGAUGACCCCAAAGAGGAGGAAAAACUAGAGUCGAAUCUGCAAAACCUGGCAAACCUAUUGGCACCUGUUUACAAGAGGUUUGCCCCAGAGGCUUUCAACAAUCAAGUUGAAUUUGAGCAGAGGGCGAUUGACUGCCGGCUUGGCCAGGUGGAGGGCCAUCCAUUCUCAGGGGUGACUGCUUGCGUAGAUUUUUGUGCUCAUGCUCACAGGGAUUUGCACAACAUGCAGAAUGGAAGCACAGUGGUUUGCACACUUACCAAAGAAGACAAUCGGGUUAUUGGCCAAAUACCAGAAGAUGAACAGCUCCACGUCCUGCCUUUGUACAAAAUCUCUCCGACCGAUGAGUUUGGAAGUGUGGAAGCUCAGGACGAAAAGGUCAAGAAAGGUGCUAUUCAGGUGCUGAGCUCCUUCCCUCGUGUGGUGAGAAUGUUAGCCCGUCCUGUCAAAACCGGACGGCAGAAGAAGGAAGCUAAGAAGGCAGCUGCAGCAGCUGCAGCGGCAGAGCGGCUCCUGAACCAGGAAAACAACACCACGAAAGCAGACAAGGCUCAUGCGGCAGCAGCACGAUCAAAUCAGGCUAGCUCAGAAAAUGCAACAGCCAACCAACAGAUGUCAAGUAAUUUAGGUCGUGUCAUUCCUCCAGGUAUUCAACAGCAUCAGGUUCCCAAUUUAUACCAGUCUGUCCCAACAAGCACUUAUCCGGGUUACCAGUGUAACGGAAACACACCAAUUGACAACUUCCACCAUUAUAUGGGAUCCUACUAUCCCUCACUUGCACACCAUAUGGACCUGUACCGUUACCAAGUUCCAGUGAACAAACUUACCCUGCCACCAAUUCAGACUCUCUAUCAGCAGUUUUCAAAUUCCUACAGGUAUGGCAAUAAUCAGAUGUGUAUGGGCAGAUUUUGUAACUAUGGUAUGCAAGUUAAUGGCUACAACGGUUGCCCGAUUGAGAACAGAAUACCAAACAUCCAACGUUACCCUCACUUCAAUUCUUCUCCUCAAGUUGAGACCCAGCUUAUGGAACCUGGUUCAAAAUCAGUAUCAAAUUUGAGUAAUCAGACUGUGGAUCUUUCGGCAGUCACUCGUGACAGUCAAUAUCCUUCAUUCACAAGUUCUUACCGAGCAAGUGAUCAUCAUCCUGCUAAUUCUUUCCCAAUAGAAAAUAAAGAAAAUGAACUUAGUAUGCUUGGAGCGAAUGACAUCUCAAGGCUUCCUUCAUUGGUUAAUUGUGAGAUGGCUAACACCUCACAGGCAGAGGUCGCUUCUAGUGUAAAUCACAGAAUUCCAGAAAACACCUCCCAAAUGCCUUCACAGCAUGACGUACCUGCUUCAGAAGAACCUCAGGAGGUUUGGUCAGAUAGUGAACAUAAUUUCCUGGAUAAAGAUAUUGGAGGGGUUGCUGUGGCACCAUGCCAUGGGUCCAUUCUUAUCGAGUGCGCAAAACGUGAACUACAUGCAACAACCCCAUUGAAAAACCCGAACAGAAAUCACCCAACGCGAAUCUCUCUUGUCUUUUAUCAACACAAGAGUAUGAAUGAGCCAAAACAUGGAUUAGCACUCUGGGAGGCCAAGAUGGCAGACAAAGCCAGAGAAAGAGAAGAAGAGGCAGAGAGACUUGGUGUGGAUUAUGUGCCUACCAAAUCUUACAGCAAGAAAGCAAAACGAGAGGUCCCAGAAUCGCAUGAACCCAUAGAACCACCACAGAUACGUUUUAUGAAGACUCUUGCACAAAGGACUAUGACUUUCACAACAAACUCAGUAACUACAGCGUUCCCAUAUGCCUUUACACGGGUUACAGGGCCUUACAGUCGAUGGAUAUAGCUUCCUACUCACAUGGGUUACCUCAUAUUCUGUCUAGCAUCUGGCAAGGCAGCUGUGCUACACCCAGUGAGGGAAAACAAACAGUGUUUGAUGAAGCACUGGAAUAAAGAGUAACACCAGCAAAUGGCGAUACCCUGAAAAACAUAUACCCUGUAUCCCAACUCACUUGUUAAAAGAGUAUUCACAGUAAGGACCAAGCUGAAAAGCGUCCUAUGCAAAAAGUGCUGUUUCAGAAAAUCAUUCUGGAAUAAUGAUGCAUGCAGAGUUUUCUGUAAAUUAAUUUAAUCUAAAUAUUUAUGCCAGACACAAGUGACCUCUAAUGUCAUUAAUGAGCCUAUUCUUUGGACGCAGGGCAGGAAUAGAAGCUAAUCCUAUGGUGCUGAGUAUUAUUGUUACCAGGGCAACAUUUAAAAACUACACAUUUCCAACAUGUAGUUUUUGUUACAAAAUUGUCUAUCAAACUCUUAGUGGUUUGUUUUGCCUUUAUAUAUUGUUUGCAAAUAACAGUCAACUCAAACAGUGAGAACAGAUUUUGGUUGACUUGUCAGGAAAAAAAAACACUGAAAAGUUUGAAGAUCAUGGUGCUAUAUUUAGAGGAUUUUUAAAACAUCUUUGAUGUAAAUCUCAAAUGCCAUUUAAAUGGUUUCAUAAUAAUUAACAUUUUUCAAUUGUUUAAUUGA